UUCGUUUGUUUUCACGUCAAGUUCUGUCAGACCCUUGUCUCACUCAUCUCUGUAUUUCAUAUAAAAUACAUACGUUUUCAUUACACUUGGACCAAGGUCGCAAUAUGCCUUUCAACCCCAUAGACGAUGCUCAGGACUUCACCAGAAUCAUCAACAGCGGUAAAACCGUAUUGAUAGAUUUCCACGCAGACUGGAGUGGGUUGUGCCGGUCGACUUCUCAGCAGUUCUCCGAGCUCUCUGACACAUUCGUUCGCAUCGGCGUGGAUUUCUAUCGCGUGAACGUGGAUGAACUCGAGGAUGUGGUAAUGGAGGCCGAUGUACGCGUUGUCCCUACUUAUAUGGUGUUCAAGGACGGGAAGAAGGUUGGCCAUGCCACGGGCGUGGAUGGGUUGAGUCUCCAUAAAUUGAUGGGUUCGUACAUGACGGGAUGCGAAGUUGUUGCUUAAAGGUGACUUACUAGACAAGAGACAAUCAAUUGCGUUGUAAUAAUAUUUAUGAAGGGGCUAUGGAAGGGAUCGUCUGGGGGGAAAUCAAAUGUAUAACAACAAUUACACACUUGGCUUACCAUACACUUUGCGC